ACUUACUGGUGGAGGGUAGCUAUACCACGAAGGAGUGUCGAUAUCGUUUUUGUUCAGGCAUGCUGGUGCUGGCCUAAGUACCACGACGGCGCUCUAUUGGUUAGACAGCUCUUGUUCUUGGGCCCGAUCUAACGCAGCCAGUCAAAAUGAGGCGUCGGUCGCCGCGUGGUACCACGUUUUUUGGCACGUCUACGACGUCCUCGCCGACGGGCAACAGAUCGCAAGAUGGAAGUCAAAGGAGCAUGGCCACUCCCAGCGCCUUCGCGAGAGAAACAACUUCAUCGGGUGAGAGAUCAACAGGUAGGGCCAUCACUGUGCGGUCCUCGCCGAGUGGCGGCACGUCGCAAAACGGAAGUAAAAGAAGUAUGGCCACCCCCAACACCUGCUUCGCUAGAGAGACACGUGCGUUGGGCACGUCAGCAACAGUCAGCGUCAGCAGUGCAUUUGGCGUCAAUUCGAUGGUGGUGGAGCCGCGCGGGUUUUUGUCCGAGCAGGAGAAUAUUGCGGAAGAAAAAAGGGUGGACCUGGCACACGGAAAGCACAUCGUUAGGUACUUGGACGCCUUGGACUCGCACGCGCAAGCGCAACGCAUAAGACUGAGCAGGCGGGCGAAGGCUUUCCUGCGGCGGCUGAUCAAGGAUCAGUGCGGGGAGCGCGAGAGACUGGGGGCGCAGGAUAUUCGUUGGAUUUUAGAGAAAAAGCUUGAUUGGGUUAUGGAAAAUAAGAGGCAGAGCGAACUGGCGCGAGCGUUACCAGGCACUUUGGGCAAGCUGUUGCCUGAGAGCGAGAUGACGCAAGCACGGGUGACAGCGAAAGCUAUCUUCGAGGACAUGCUUUGCUACAUUCGGGACGGCGACCAGUGGCUGCCGCUGGACCCGACGACGGGCGAGUGCACCCUGAAUUGGAGCCACUUUCUAG